AGCAAAUCGCAUUUAAGCGCUCGGAGAUUGCAUCAGCAAAUUCAUUCGUCGCUUAACGCUCAAGUGAGUAGUAUUGUGUUUGCUAUUUUGUUGUGUUUAGUGUAACAGUUUCAGUAAACUAGAACAAUUAAAGGACAUUUUACGGUCGGAUACUGAUAAAAUAGACGUUAGUGAAAACAUACGAUAAAAUGAAGAUUCUUAUUCUUUUGGUGGCCUUUGUAGCGGCAGCAAACGCAGUGUCCAUUUUCGAAUUAGUCAAAGAAGAAUGGCAAGCAUUUAAGCUUCAACACCGCAAAAAAUAUGAUAGUGAAACCGAGGAACGGUUGCGAAUGAAAAUCUACGUACAAAAUAAGCAUAAAAUUGCUAAGCACAACCAGCGGUACGAUCUGGGCAAUGAAAAAUAUCGUCUAAAGAUUAACAAAUAUGCCGAUUUGUUGCACGAGGAAUUUGUUCAAACUCUGAACGGCUUCAACCGCACCAGUUCUAAACCAAUGCUGAAGGGAGUUAGAAUCGAGGAGCCUGUCACAUUCAUCGAACCAGCCAACGUUGAAAUGCCAACGACCGUCGACUGGAGAAAGAAAGGCGCGGUUACUCCAGUGAAAGACCAAGGUCACUGUGGAUCGUGCUGGUCCUUCUCGGCAACCGGUGCUCUCGAGGGUCAACAUUUCCGCAAAACCGGAAAACUGGUUUCGCUCUCAGAGCAGAAUCUGGUCGAUUGCUCUGGUAAAUAUGGCAACAACGGCUGCAAUGGUGGAAUGAUGGAUUUCGCAUUCCAAUAUAUUAAGGAUAACAAUGGUAUCGAUACGGAGAAGGCCUAUCCCUAUGAGGCUAUCGACGACACUUGCCAUUAUAACCCGAAGGCCGUCGGAGCUACUGACAAGGGAUUCGUUGAUGUUCCUCAGGGUGAUGAAGAAGCACUACAGAAGGCUUUGGCGACGGUAGGACCGGUAUCUGUUGCUAUCGAUGCUUCCCACGAAUCGUUCCAGUUCUACUCGGAAGGUGUGUACUACGAGCCACAGUGCGACUCACAGAACUUAGAUCACGGUGUCUUGGCUGUUGGGUACGGCACUAGCGAUGAUGGCGAAGAUUAUUGGCUAGUGAAAAACUCUUGGGGAACCACCUGGGGUGAUAAGGGCUAUGUGAAGAUGGCCCGUAACCGUGAUAACCAUUGUGGAAUUGCUACUGUGGCAAGUUACCCAUUGGUCUAACUGCAUUAUGAAUAAUGCGUGAUUAAAAUGUACGUUUGAGCGAGCGAACUCUAUUUUAACUUUCAGUUUAGCAAUAGAUAAUUUUACUCAGCUGAUUAAAGUGUUUUACAUGUUGUUUUACGGUGAACCUCGUGCCAAAUACUUUCAAGCCUAUUAAGGCUAUUACAUAAAAAUAUAAUUAGAAGAGACAGUACGAACAAAUUUCUGAGCUUUUAUUUCUGUAAUAAUUUUGUGAGGUAUUGUCUGUGCGUAAGUUCAUUGUAAUUUCUGUAAGUAUGUUAUAAAUAUUUACAAAUAAAUUUAAAUGGGUUAUACUUA